UCUAACAGUGAAAUUCCAUAGAGAGAGAACGAGACAUUGGAAUUGAGAAGCAAGAGAGAAGAUGGAAGUGCCAGGUUCAUCGAAGAAGAUGAUUGCGACUCAGGCGGAGAUGGCAGAAGCGAAGGUCCCUCUUGCUUAUAGAGACCAGUGUGCCCAUCUUCUCAUCCCUCUUAAUAAGUGCAGGCAAGCAGAGUUCUACCUUCCUUGGAAGUGCGAGAACGAGCGUCACACCUACGAGAAGUGCGAAUACGAGCUUGUCAUGGAAAGGAUGCUCCAGAUGCAGAAGAUCCGUGAAAAAGAGGCUAAACUCAAGCAGACCCAGACACAGGGCGGCUCAAUCCCCUUGAUCCCCAAAACUGCGAAUAUUUAGUUCCGCAGUAUCUCCCUUCAGGUUCAAUAAGAAUUCUUCGUUUUCAUCAACCAAAUUGGACAAAAUUUGCUGAUUUUCUCUUUUUUUUCUUUUAUGAAUUUGUAUUUACUGAAUAAACCAUAUAAUGUCAAGUGUAUGGUUUGAUGAAUCUUUCUGAUGCUUGAAGCAAACCCUUUUCUUGUUUCUGUGAU